UUAAGCUCAGUGAGGUCAUUAUUCACAGCCAGCUGCAGCACAAUGAACACAAGACGUUUGUUUCACUUUACUUUUGUUUGAGGUUUCUUCAACAGCUGCAACUUUGGCUGCCUCUGAUUCACAAGUGGAUGGUAAUUUUUUUGAAGGCUUGCAGUCCUGGCUACAGAAUAAGGACAGAUUAAGAGACAAGAUCAGGUUUGUCAGGAUAUAUUAUGAGAAAUCCUUACAUGACAUACAAUGAAUGAUAAAUCAGUGUAAAGACUCUGAGUGGCACAUCCUUCAGGCAGAGCUUUAUUCUGCGGAAAAAUGACUUGGAAAUGGGUAAACGUCAUCUGCACUCUUCUAUCGCUCUUCACAUCAGUAGUUCGUAACACUCAGGAUAAAAUUGUUAAUGAAGAAGAAUCCAUGGCAAACUGUGCAGACUUCAACAACACAACAUAUGAAAAAUACAGACAAAUGAAAGGUGUAUACGUCCAGUACCUACUCCUAACACGAAGGAAUGCAGACUGCGCUAGUCUCUUCACCCAGGACUGUCUCAACCACACACAGAACCAUACUGUACACUUUAACAGUACUCUUCCCACUAAAGUCAUUAUUCAUGGAUAUAGAGUUCUAGGCAGGAAGCCCUCCUGGGUUAGUGGCUUAGCCCAGGCUUUGUUAGAGAAGGAGGAUGCAAACAUCCUGGUGGUAGACUGGCUCUGUGGAGCCUCUUAUGCCUACAACAAUGUUGUGGAUAAUUACAAAGAGGUGGCUGUACAGAUAUCAAUUCUUAUAAAUCAGCUUUCGACCAGUGGCGUUAAUCUGGAAUUAUUCCAUCUCAUUGGCAUAAGCCUGGGAGCUCAUGUAGCAGGAUUCGUAGGAACUCUGUUCAAAGGCAAACUGGGACGAAUUACAGGUCUCGACCCAGCAGGGCCCAUGUUCAAAAAUGCUGACCCAUUUGACCGCCUGGAUCCCUCAGACGCCAUGUUUGUGGAGGCUAUACACACUGACUCUGACAAAUUUGGAAUUUCUAUUCCUGUUGGGCAUGUGGAUUUUUUCGUCAAUGGUGGGCUGGACCAAACUGGAUGUGUACAGUCAAGUUUUACAUCAAUUUUUAUUUAUUUUCCAGUAUAUGGCUAUGUAAUCUGUGACCAUAUGAGGGCGCUGCAUGUGUACAUGAGUGCACUAAAUGGCUUCUGUGCGCUCACUGGCUUCCCUUGCUCCAGUUAUGAGGAUUUCCUGGCAGGCCAGUGUACCAGCUGUGGUGGCGUUUUUAACAACAUCUGCCCAAAGAUAGGCUUGCUGAAGAACAGUGGGAUAACAGCAUCACCAUUACCCGUAAAUGGAAAAGUCUAUCUCCUGACUACAUCUGAAGUUCCCUUUUGUGUCCAUCACAUACUGAUUGAGCUAAAAGUGUCCCAGCUGAUAAAGACUGCAGUGGUGCUACUCACACUGGUCUCCAUGCAAGACAUCAAGACAGAGCAGAAACUCUAUCUAAAUACAGACAGAACCAUUUAUAAAAAAGUAGUAGGGCAUCCAGAGCCUCUAUGCAAGAUCGAGUCCAUCCAUCUGAAGAAUGCAGGAGCAUUAUUAUACAGACAAGGGAACAUCCACUUUGAAUACAUUUGUGUCUCCACAAUCCCUAAAAUGAGGAGAACAGACACAUUGUGUGUGGAGAACAUAAUGAUCAGCAGGAGGACACCAUGGUCACAUGAUUUUAUCCAGGUGUGCUGAACAAUAGGAGAGAGAGAGGAAGAGCCACACGACGGACAAAAUAGGAAGGUGCAUCGUACAGACGCGCCGAUGCACAAAGAACACACAGAAGAACUGCAUAUGUAAAGACAACAGCAUUUAUUAUAGAAGUGUUUCAUUAAAAGCAAAUCUGCAUGUAUAGUGUAAAAAAAAAAUACCAUUUACAUGUGCUUUAUUCAGUAACAUUAUUCAGAUAUUCAGAUAUUUCAGAGCAAUUCUAAUGUCUUUUAACAAAGGUCAAUUACUGGAGAUUUCUUUUCUCUGAAUAUCAAAUAAUGCUGUAACUGUUACAACGUAAAUUCUUCCUAUUGAUAUGUCACAUGUAUUAUAAGCUUAACCGAUAUGUUUGACAUUUGUGAUAUACAGUAGCUUGGCAGUAGCUUGGCAGACAAAUGUGUGGACAACAUUUGGUAAUUUCUACUGCAGGCAAAUUGUAGUCUGAAAUCAAUAUCAGGCAUGCAAUGACUUUUCACCGAGGUUUUAUUAAGGAUGAUUUGGCCCCAUGAAAAUGUAUUGAUUCCUUAUGGUGAACUAAAGACUCACAUAAAAUUGUAAAUGCUGGUUGAA